CGACUUCUCUGUUCUCUCUCGGCCUCGGUCUUCCUUCCCUAGCGGCGACGACCGGCCGAGUUGCGCUGCCCGUUGUUCGUCGAGCGACGGGCGCUUCGCCGGCGACGAACAUCGUCCGGCAGGGUUAUUGGGUGUACACAUGUACAAAUUAUUGGGUGAUUUUACCUAUACUGGGUCCGCCCCUGCAGCGGUUGCCUUAUUGAUGGACCUAGCUGGGUAGAAAUGGAUAGCAGUCAAGAUUCCCAAGAAGAGAGGCACCAAAGAAGGGAGAAUGGUGAAGAAACAGAAAAGGCAGCUGAUUAUGGGAGUGCUUUGAGCCGCAAGGAGGCAACAGAAGAGCUCCUUGGUUGCAUAGUCCAUAGUGAGGAAGAGGCAUACAGACUGUACUGCGACUAUGGGCAUCGGAUCGGUUUUAGUGUGCGAAAGGGCAAGCAGUCCUACUUUAUCGGUACCAAGAAUAUUCGAACAAAGGACUACUACUGCUCAAAGGAAGGGCUUAAGUAUGAUGAGCCUGUUACAGAAGCAAAUUUCAAUCGACCAGACACAAGAACUAAUUGCAAAGCAAUGAUCCGCUUUAGGGUUGACGAGAAGGGGCGAUGGACAGUCAUACGCUUUGUUCCUGUGCAUAAUCACCAAUUGGCGAAACCUGGGGAAAGGCACAUGCUGAGAUCAGCCAAGUCGCUUGCUUUUGGCAAAUCAGGUGUUAUAGAUCCAUCAGCAUCUACAGAGUCACAUCCAAUAAAUGGUUUCUCGGAUACAAUCGAAGGUGAUACAGCUGAUAAUUCAGGGUAUACUAUAAGGGAGUGUUACAAUCAAGUGGGCAUGCAGGGUAUUACGGUUAUUGAGGCAGGCGACGGCCAAAGUCUUGUCAGCUAUUUCAAGCGUAGAACCAACGAGGAAGGCAUGUUUUAUUGGGAUGUCCAAGUUGAUCAAGAAGGGCGCAUGACCAACUUCUUCUAUAGGGAUGGUAAAUGUAGAAAUGAUUAUGGCUGCUUUGGAGAUGCUAUUAUAUUUGAUACAACCUACCGCACUAAUAAAUAUAACUUGAUAUGUGCCCCAUUUGUUGGUGUUGACCACCACUGGCAGAAUGUUGUUUUUGGCUGUGCAUUCUUGUUAGAUGAGUCUGUAGCUUCCUAUGUCUGGUUAUUUAAAUCAUUCUUGGAGUCAAUGGGAGGGAAGUCACCAAAAUCAAUAUUCACUGAUCAGGAUGAAGCCAUUAUGCAGGCAGUUGAGCAGGUUUCCCUAACACACACAUUGCUUUUCCUACUGGCAUAUUCUGAAGAAUGCACAAUCUCAUUUAGCUCACUAAAUACAUCACAAGCAUUUCAACAUUUGUUUAUGCAAGGAUCUGACUCAGAAGAGGAUUUUGAGGAAUCAUGGACUGCAAUGCUCCGUGAAUACAAACUACAGGAUAAUAGCUGGCUGAAUGACCUUCAUAGGUUCCGUCAUAAAUGGUGCUCAGCAUUGAACAAGGAUACAUUUGAUGGAGGGAUCAAUUCUUCUCAAUGGGGGGAGGUUUCAAAUAAUAUUCUCAGUGGAAUUUCUGAUGAAAAUACCUCUCUUACACGUUUUGCCCUCUUGCUAGAAAAGGUUGUUAAGGAUCUACGGAGAAAUGAAUCUGAAGAGGAUUUUCGCUGUAGCCAAACUGCUCCAGUUCGUGCAGUUAAGCAUAGUACAGUUCUGAAGCAGGCUGCAGAAUCAUAUACACAUCGGAUCUACAAAUUAUUUGAGGCAGAAUUUCUGGAUGGAUGCGGAGCAACUUCAUGUCAUGAAACUUCAAGUGGUGGAAAUCUAUUGAGGUUUGAAAUUACGAUGCAGGGGAGAGGUUCAAAAGUAUGGGCUGUUGCUCUUGACACUUCUACCAUGGAAAUCACUUGCGGUUGCAGAAAAUUUGAAAGGAUGGGUCUUCUUUGUUCACAUGCCCUCAAAGUCUUCACCCUGCAGAAUGUGGACACAAUUCCAGAAAAAUAUGUUUUGAAACGAUGGACAAAAGAUGCCCGGAGAAGCAUGUUUAAACUUGCUCAAGAUGAUUCAACCCAACAGGAAUGCACAGAGGCUGAACUUGCAUAUCGCAAUCGGGCAAUGCAGUACGCAUAUAACCUAAUUAUGAAGAGCCAGGAAUUGGAAGAAUCAAGAAAAAUAUUCUGGGACUCCCUUGAAACUGGAGAGAAGGCGCUUGAAGUGUUCUUUGAAAUGAGAAACAUGCGCACUCAAGCUGCCAAAGAUGCUAGUAAUAGAGAGAAAAAGAAGAAAAAACCAUCAAAAGGACCAAACUCAAAAAAAGCAAAACAAGCCCCAGCAGCUUCCUCAGCUGGUCUGGAGCUGAUUGUCCAAACUAAUGAGCAUCAAUAUCAACCUUCACAAGAUGCUCAGGGUAAUGCAACGAUUGGAAGGCCAUAUUAUUAUCAGCAGGCUUUUCCAACUGCCCCUAUCCAACCAAAUCAGAUGUAUAUGCAUCCGAAUGUGCACACAAUGCCCCUGUGCACAUCACAGCAGGAUCAUCUGCCUGCAUAUGCUGCAAUACGCCCCAAUUCAAAUUUUGGUGGUGCCAAGAACAUCUGAAGGAUAAUAAGGGCAAUAGCUGGUUACAUUUAAACAAUGUUCCUAUGCCUGCUCUGCACAUGAUACCAACCCAUACUGUAGUGAGCUCGGGGAUUACAUGCUGAAGUCUUGCUACUCUUAAUUUCCAAGUUCCUCUGGAUGUUGCUGGAAAAUCUUGUUUGAGGAUUUCAGCUACCAACUCAGGCUUGAACUCUGUCGACCCUUUGUGUAGGCCUGGCGGUGCUUCUUCACAUUGGUCAGUUCAUUGGCCCUUUCUGCCGGUCUUGAGGGAAGUGGCUCUUCUGGCUGUUGCUGUGCAACCUCUUGUGCAUAGAGCAGCAGCAGCUCAAUAUUAGUCUGAGGCAGGCAAUUUUAGGCUUGUAAAUUGUAAGUCGUGAGAUUGGUUGAGAGUUAGGUCAUAUUACAUCUCUGCAGAAUCAGAAUCCAGUUGCAGACUAUGUUGAUGUAGGGACGGCUUCUCUUGUGCAAGAAACUGUCUCAGCUCAAACAACACAAGCCUGCCAGUGGCAGUGGCACCAGGCACCUGCUCUGCUCACCACCUGGGCUCCUGGCGACGGAGAUCGCCAUUCCUGCAUGAGUUGAGCUUGUCCUGAGCAGCCGAAUCGCUGCGCGUCAAAGCAAGCGGCGGCAGGAUGGGUAGUGUGCUCCCCGGCCCAGCAUGGAUUCGGAUGCUGACCUCUGUUUUUUUGGAUAUUUAAUUUUUUGCCAUCUGGAUGGCAACUCUUCGAUCGCCAGUUUUACAUUUGCCACAUGGAAGAGAUCCAUGCCAAUUUUGCUUACCUGGCACAAUACAUGGGCUCGUCAGCAUUGAAAUGACUCCCCUACCCCUGCCUUAUCCUUCACCUGCCUGACGCCCCUUCGCCCUGACCUCGCGGCUCAUUUCUGCUUCCUCUCGCCAUUCUCCAUCUCGCACCGCACCGCUGCCGCUAAUGAAUGUCUCGUCGGAGGGCGGUGUCGGCGACUGCUUCAAGCAGGAGUGCGUCAAGAGUGAUGCAAGGCAACCCCGCGUUUGGCAAGGAGACCGGAAUACCCUUGAUUUAGUGUACUACCUGCGGGCAAGCGUGGGUCAUUGAGCUAAGGGCUUGGACGGAAGCUAAUGAUGGCUAGGUGUUCUUCAAAUGCCCAAGAUUCGUGAACGGGGUGAGUUGGUGAUCCGAUUUGUUUCGUUUUUUUCUUGAAUUUUUAAUCGGUGACCUAGGGUUGAUGUAUGUGAUUUCUACUACUGGCAAAAGGAGUACCUUCACAAACUUGUGGAACUAGGUAGGAUCACAGUGCAUCCUAAGGCACAAGUAGAUUCGAGCUCUGAAGAACAUGAUGAACAUGCCGUUUCAAGCUAAGACAGGAGCAGCAACGUGGAAGAAAAGCUGGAUGUAUUAGUCAAGACACUUAAGUUGUUGGUGUUUAUGGUGGUUUGUAGGUGUUGUUGUGGGCAUCAUGUACCUGAGGAAGUGAUAAUGUAAUGUAUGGGAAUGUUGGCAUUUGAACAAUUUAUGUUAGAUGGCAAUGAACAGAUGGGUUAAUGUUGAA